AUGCGGCGAGGAGGGCGGGCCCGGCGCGCAGGCGCAGGGCGGCGCUGGGCGCUGGGCUGGGAUUUAAAGGGCCAGGAGCGGCCCGGCCUGCGCUGUCCCCGGAGCCUGCGGCCGGCUGCCCCCCCGCCCGGGAAGAUGGUGUGUGGCGGCGGCUUCGCCUGCUCCCGCAACGCGCUCUGCGCCCUCAACGUGGUCUACGUGCUGGUUGGGUUGCUGCUGAUCGGCGUGGCUGCCUGGGGGAAAAGCUUUGGCAUCGUCUCCAGCAUCCACAUCAUCGGCGGAGUCAUCGCCGUGGGCUUCUUCCUGCUGCUCAUUGCCAUCGUGGGACUCAUUGGGGCUAUCAACCACCACCAAGUCAUGCUCUUCUUCUACAUGGUCAUUUUGGGGCUCGUCUUUCUCUUCCAGUUGGGAGUCUCCUGUUCGUGUCUAGCCCUUAACACAAGCAGAGAGGAAAGUCUCUUCCGCGCCGCCUGGGACCUCCUGAGCAACAAGACCCGCAACGAGAUCGAGGUGAAUCUGAACUGCUGCGGGCUGCUAAACAACACCAAUGACCCAGUCGCCAUCAGGACGUUCCAGAUGGACUACAACUUCUGCCCAGCUAUGUGUAAGGACAACACGACCAAGGGCCACAUGCCCAGCUGUCCUAAGUGCGGGGAGAAGAUGCUGAAGCAUUCGGACGAGGCUCUGAAAAUCCUCGGAGGAGUCGGACUCUUCUUCAGCUUCACGGAGAUCCUCGGAGUCUUGCUAGCCAUGCGGUACAGAAACCAGAAAGACCCCCGAGCAAAUCCCAGUGCCUUCUUAUAGACGGUCCACCCCCUGCCCCUUCCCCUCCCCAGCUGCUAGCCCCUUCGCCCUGAGACUCCAUCUCCCUCCUGCUCGGAAGGAAAGCGACGCCUGCAUCCGCCCCCCUCUCCCAUGACCGUGUUACCAAAGCGCUGAGCGGAGGAAACGGCAGCUGCGUGGCUCCAUCCUUGACAUGAAGCCUUUGGCAAACGGCUGGUGGGAGCGGCGUGGGGUGGGGAGCCCCGCGAGAACGUUCUGGUGCAGCGAGAGCCCAGGCUCGGCCGUGCCAGAGCCAGGCAGCCCCGCUGGGCACGGCUAGGAGCAUGAAGCUGCUAACCUGUAGCUAGGGCCCUGCUCUGGCCAGUUCCCCGGCUCUGUUCUGGCGCGUAGCCAAAGGCAGAGAGGCACGUUGCCCUGCUGAGACCGGCCAUGCCAGCCUGGCCAGGCGCAAACUCCAGGGCAGGAUUUACCCCUGUGGAGACCCACCUGGCCACAGCUGCGCUGACCCGACAAGGAGAGGGAGGGAACCUGCGCAGCGUAGAGACCGCGGAGCUGGAGCCAAACGCCAGGGCCCCGUCGUCUAGGAAGUUAGUUACGUCCCUUCAAGGGGUGGGGCAGGGGGCUGUGUCUCUGGUCUGUAGUAAUCCAAAAGGAGAUUGUACAGCCUGGCACGGGGCUACCUGCCCUGAAGAUGUUCAUGUGACGGGGGGGGGGAGGGGGAGUGUCUAACAGGUGCUGGGGCAUAGCAGGAAAUUUGGCAGUUUUAUCCUUAGAAUAAGUGGAAUCUUAAGAGCCAGGCUGUAGCCUUUCAGCAGGUGGCACCUGGGCAGCUGCUCCUGCUUCCUCUUGCCCCACCUAAGGGCUUUGCAGGGACAUUUCAGAGCCUUGGACCAGUUCCUCAGCCCCCUGCAGAAGAACCUUUCAAAGCCUCUGACCUCUAUGUCCAUGGCUGACGCCCAGCUGUCUGCCCCUAACCUCCCAUGGGGCAGUAGAGACCAGCCGCCUUCCUGGAACGGCGAGAGCCUCAGCCGAGCUGGGGGUCCCAUCCUCGUCCGCUGGAGCUUGCUUCUGUGCUGUCAUAAAGGGAUUGGCCUGCUGCAGAGGGGCCACCCCCCGGAUUCCUUGCCCGGGUGAUCUCUGCAGGGCAGUUCCCUGCCUGUUGCAGGGCCGGCUGGGAUCUCUGCCAGCCCCCAGCUGUGGCAUCUUUGGUUUUUGCUGCACCCCCGGCCUGAGACCUUAGCCCAACAGCCAGACGCAGCCUGACCGAUGCCUUACUUAGAGCGCAGUGUUACACCUCCCCGCAGCAGGUGAGUUCGGCUUGAGACUGAGUGGGAGGGCCGGGCUGGUCCCACUGCAUUCCCACGCACAAGUCCUGUGCUCUGCAGUGGGGCUAAGCUGAUUAGCGUGUGGGGCUGGGAAUAGAGCCAGGGCCAAUGGAUUCUCCCCCCUCCCCCCCAGUACGGGGACAGACCGUGCUAGCUUCUCGCCUUCACCCGAGUUUGCACUGAGUGUCUCCGCCAGCGGCCGUAGCCGCCAGCUCCGGUGGCACAGAACAGCCCCCGCUGCAGGCCGGAGCUCCCUGGCAAGACAGCGCUGGCCCAGCCACCGCUUGGCUGGACUCAGGCGGGCAGUAGCUCCCCAAAAGAUGCCGGCUGCUCCCCCUCCCCUCGCAUGCAGUAGAGGGCCCAGGCAGAGCUGGGUAACCCCCCCUCCCCGCCCGGAGAAGCACCGUCCUUAACCAACACUGGAUAGUUUUGAUUCUUCUUCCCGCCCUGCCUCUGAGAGUCCCCUCACCUCUGUGACUAGUGUGGUUAGAGCCCAGAGGGGCUGCAUGCUAUUUAUUUAUAAGUCUAGCUGGAAACUCUAGGUAUGUUGUAGGAGUAGAAGGUGUUUUCCCGCAGUGCGACAGAGCCCUCCCUGCACCAGGCUCGGGGCAAGGAGACUGGGGCCUUCUGCAGAACCAGCACAAGCGCCUGAUCCUCCAGCCACGCUUCGUUAAAGGGCCCUCUCCCCAAACCCUGCGGGCUGUGCCCACCAGAGCCAGCAAGGGGGCGACCGGGCAGCAGCACAAUGCUGCUGGCUCCCUUGUCAAUUAACCCUUGUAAGGAACUCGGUGAGCGUGCCCACGCCUCAGUGUUAAACACACACCAGGUGCAGGCUGCCAUUAGCGGGCACCUGGGCGCAGCCCGACAGAGUGGGGAGCCCAGGCGCUGAAGGAGUCGAUUUCCUCUCCACCGCCCGCUUGGAUCAGUUGCCAGCUGAGCCAGCCUUGCAGCAUGGAGUUCAAGGCUUCGCUCCCUGGGGAAGUCACCGGCCCCAGCUGGUAUGUAAACAGCCGCAGGGCAAAGUCCUGCACACGGGCCCUCGGGGGGCACUGGGGACUCCCGUGUGACUCAGCCCCAGGCAGUGAUACUUUAGCUGGGCUGGCUGGGGCGGAGGCGGCUUUCCCAGCAGCGCUUGUGGGCGCGGGCAGAACUCGGCUGGGGCACCAGCAAAGCAGACGCUGUUCCCAGAGACUUGUGUUUAAAGAGACGGGCAGCAGGACGUCAGCCUCCGUCCUGGCUCCCCGGCCGGGGGAUCCGUGCUGGACCCGUGUUAUCAGCGUCCAUUGGAGAGGCUGGAACCUGCCCAGCUCAUUCACUGUUGUGUGUAUCUGUUACUUUAUCGAUUAUUCAAAUAAACACCUUUCAGUGA